AUGGCAGAAGUCCAAAGCCGCGGCAGCGGCCCAAGAGGUCGCGGCGGGUUUCGAGGCGGCAGAGGUGGUUUUCGUGGCACUCGCAAUCCUUCGAGAUCACAACACAAAGCAGAUCACGAGCAAGAGAACGUCCCUCCUGCGUCGCUGGAAGAUCAGGGUGAGGUUGGAGAAUUGCUCAAAAAGUUUGGCGACAAGGUCCCUCUCCUCAAAGAAAUCUGUCCCGGUUGGAGUGAUGAAGAUUUGGUCUAUGCCUUGAAUGAAACUGACGGCGACGUCAAUGCUGCCGUUGAUCGCAUCUCAAGUGGCACCAUCUCUCAGUGGGGUGAAGUCAAGAAGAAACACCCAAAGCCCAAAGAUGCUCCUCCCGCUUCAACCGAUGCUUCGACUCGGGGUCGUGGCCGUGGCAAUUUUGAAGGUCGAGGAAGAGGUCGCGGUGCUGAGCGUGGUGCUCGGGGUGGCCGGGGUGCGAAAUCAGUCUCUGCUGCACAUACAAAUGGUACAAAACCCGCACAGGCGACUGCUGACGGCGUGGAAUCGGUCGCUCCAGCAGACGCUGUUGCGGCUGCGGCCACCCUAGAGACUGCGCCAACAAAUGGUGAUACGACCGCGACAGUGACUGCGACAGAGAGUUGGCCAAAUGAGCCUGGGAAGGAUUCACUCGCUUCUUUGCAAACCGAAGAACCCAAGCCCGCUUCCGGUGCAGCACCAGCUGCCGCCAAACCCGGCGGAUGGGCUGGAUUGUUUGCCAAACCAGCCCCUGCUCCAGCUCCCAAGAAGGCUCCCGCGCCCCCUCCGCCUGCUGUUGCACAACCCGAGCAACUGCCAGUUGAGCCUGAGCCGACCAUUGAAGAUUCCAUACCUCCCACUGAGCCAAUCGUGCCGCCUCCGAUCGAAGCGUUGGACUACAACGAAGAAGGACCAAGUGAGCUGCCAUCCGCGCCGCAUUCCGACACAGGAAAAGAUCUAACACCACCUAAAGAUGAACUCACAGAACAGAACCUGGAGAAACUUCCAGACACGUCUCACCCCGUUGAAUCCGCUACCGCAGCCAGCACCGUCGCAAGCACCCAAGAUCCGCUUGCCGCACCAGAACCCUCGAAGAUCCCCGCUCGACCAAUGUCAGGAUACGCUGCCACUGCGUUGAAAGCCACCGGAGGCACCAGCCGAUCUGCUAGCUUCGCGAGAAAGGUUAUGGAACAGCAGGAGGCGGUUGUUAUGCCCGGCAAUCACGCCAUCGAAAAGGCAGCCGUACAAUUUGGCAAGUUGGGCUUGAACGGACCGGACGACGUUGACGUCGACGAGGACAGAGAGGAGCCUGAGACGCGUACUCAACUUCCAGACGACUCCCCCGCUGCCCCUCGUGCUUCAUUGCCUCCGGCUGUGCCCGAAGCGCAGCAAGCGCCCACUGCAGCACCGACUCAACCGCUCGCUGAGGCCUCACCGGCUGCGCAACGACCAGCAUCGGGUCUGCCCUCCGUUCCGCAACAGGCUCAUGAACCGUCACCGCAGACAUCUUCGGCGUACGCGGACCAGUACCGAUAUGGUCAAGGACAGAAACCGUUCGAUCCAUUUGGUCAACCACCAACAACCACUCAAGCCCAGUCUCAAGAACCCUUCUCCAACCAAGUCCCAAAUCAACCCAGCACGGCUACCUCUCAGCCGGACUAUUCUGCUUACUACGGUCGCGAUGCUUACAAUAAUUACUACGGGUAUGGUCAUGGGCAAGAGGCUCAACGGUCUGGCAGCACGUUUGGUACUUCUGCUCCGGACAGUCAGGGGCAGUAUACCACCUCACGUCCUCAACACGGAAUGGGUCAACAGGAAGCGCAGGGCAGUGGACCAAAUACUCCCGCACCUGGCAUUCCUGGUCAUCCUACAGCGCAACAACCUUCUGGCCACAUGCAACAACAAAACCAGGGUCACGGAUAUCCCGGUUACGGCUACCCGAAUGCAUACAACCAACAGUAUCCUCAGUAUUCUGCCAAUUAUAUUGCAUCGAUGAAUCACCGUUACGGAGCGAACCGUCCCAUGUUUGAUGAUGUUCGACGUCAACAAGAGAACGAAUACUAUGGCAGUCAAUACAACUAUGCGCAAAAUCACUAUGCCAACACGUACAAGUCGAACAUGUAUGGACAACCUCAGCAGGGUUACUCGUAUGAGCACUCGUCGUCUCCGGCCAACGUCAGCGGCUUUGGGCGGGAGGCAGGCUAUGGUCGAGCAGGGUCUGCGCAGCCUUCGGAAGCUCAACAGAGUGCUGCAGGCAGCACCGGCUUUGGUGGCAUGGCUGACCCCUUCGGACGUUCUACCUCCAGUUUCGGACAGGCUCAAGGCUUGCCUCAACAACAUGGCGCUCAUUCCGAGGAUCCGACCAAGGCAUCAGGUCCAAGUCCCUCGAUGCAAGGUGGUCGUCCUGGAUCUGCCGUCAACAAUUUCCCCGGUCAGCAAGGUGGCUUGCCUCCUCCAUCGCAACACUCAGGUCAACAGGCCUUCGGCGCCUAUCCUCAGUACGGAGGGGGGUUGGGCGCUGGUCACCAGAACACUCAUCAGAACACUGGAUACGCGGGCUACGCCUCCAACAGUGCGUUCGGUGCAUAUGCCGGAUACAGUGGCGGUGGCGGCGCCGGCGGUGGCCGAGGAUGGAACGGCAGCUACAAUUCUGGCCAUUAG